UAUUUUUAAAUCUGAAGUAAAAAUAUUAUAAAGUAUUAUUGCUUAUUAUGCAAAUUCAUAAUUAGGUCGCGGAUUGCCCAUGUAUUUCUCAAAUAUUCUUAAUAUUCGAAUAUACGUUUCACUGCACCUUUUUGCUGGGAAACGUUCUCUCGAUCAAUGGGUGACAGGAGCUUCAUUUCAUGGACCUCUGCUUAUGUCAAACAAACUGUCCUAAAGUAAAAUACAAUAAAAAAAAACAAAGUCAAUCGGUCCUUAGUUUUAUUGUAAAUUUUGCAAAAAUGCGUGAUAAUUUAAACCUCUUCACUUUGCAGGAGAGAAUAUUUCUUGUUAAAACUUUCUAUAAGAAUGAUUGUAAUGUUAAAAAUGUGAAAAGUCACUAUUUGUUGGAAUACGGAGAAUUAUUUGAUGAUGUACCUACCGACUCCAUUAUAUUUGAGGUUAUAAAUUUAUUUGAAGAAACAGGGAAUAUCAAGGAAAUCCCGGAAUAUAUCGAAAAAGAUAAAAAGCGAUGCAUCGAAGAUCUUAUUCAAAGCACGGUUCCUGUCCCUGACAAAAUACCUGAUGUUGAAAUUAACACUCCAUCGGAGGCACUUCAAAGUUUACCGAAGAAAAGAAAUUGUAUUCUGAAACGUUCUAAUGAAAUUCCUACGAGUAAUCAAAAGGAUAGCCCAAAAACUCACGAGAGAACUACUAAAAAACAACAAGAUGAAGCAACAAGUGUCAGUCAUGAGAAAACUACAGAAAUCGGAAUUAAGGCAGAGACGGGAAUAUCCUUAUCCGAGAAAAAGAAAGAUAAGGAUAUAGCAAUUGACAUGUAUAUCUGUGAUAUCUGCAAAAAAACAUGUCAUUCCAAACGAGGAAUGCAGCUUCAUAUGGUGCGACAUAUAAAAAAGGAACAAAUAUUUUGCCAAUAUUGUCAAGAAAAAAUUUCUUCCAAGUAUCAGUUGAGGAUACAUAUUAAAGCCAAACAUGGAAAUGUUAAGAUCAAAAAGCAAAAGCCUGAGAUAUCAUGCAAUAUCUGCAUGAAAGUUUUCACACUGCCACAUCAUCUUCGACAACACAUGUUAAGGCAUUCGGAUAAAAAGGACAUGAUAUGCGAGAUAUGUGGAAAGGCCUUCAAGAGAAGACAAACACUGCUUCAUCAUAAGAAAGUUCAUACGGGUGAAAAACCAUUCAAAUGCGACUUUCCAAAUUGUGAAAGAGCUUUUAGGGACCGCAAUUCUAUUACAAUUCACAAAAGAUGCCACUUAGAUGAAAGGCCUUUCCCUUGCCACUACUGCGGCAAGUGUUUUAGAGAUAAAGGAACGCUUAGAAUUCACUAUCGACAACACACCGGAGAAAAUCCUUACAAAUGCGAAUUGUGUGGAAAGGAAACGAAGCAGAAACAAAAUCUCAAGAGUCACAUGAUGCAUUUUCAUCGCAUUAAAUAAAUUAAAGUUUAAUUCUGGAGAAA